GUUAUCAGAUCUUACUGUGCAAACACAAGGAGUGUAUAAAAUGAACCGCUCUGAGGAAAAACGGCACCUCACCUCAGUCUGCUUCCCCACUCAAAGUAGUCUGAGGCCUGAGGGCUCCUGACAGCAAUGGACCUGAGAGGGAUCUGUGUGCUCUCUGUCAUCCUCGUCAUAGCCCUCAGCACCUUGGCAGAAGCAAAGUUCCCACCAACAAAAUGCCAGUGUAAAUCGGUCCCCACUGAGAGGAAGAACUGCGGACACCCAGGAAUCACAGCAGAACAGUGCAGGAGAGCUGGAUGCUGUUUCAAUGCUUCAGUCCCUGGUGUGCCCUGGUGCUUCUCUCCCAAAGAAAAGAGAGUCAAGAAAGUAUGCCCUUCUGACGUUAGGGCCAGAAUAAACUGUGGCUUCCCGGGCAUCACAGCUCAACAGUGCCAAAGGCUGGGCUGCUGCUUCGUGCCACAUCCCGCUGGUGUCCCCUGGUGCUUCUACCACCGCCAAGUGGAAGAAGCUUGUUAAACUAGAAACUUCUAUCAAGAACUUCUCAAUCUUUGGACCUACUCAAACAGGAAACAUCAGCCAGACAUCUCAACUCAAACUUCAUACUCUGUAAUAGCUAUGAUUUCUAGGUCUUUUUUUUUUUCUCUCGGAUUGACGCUUUCUUAUGAAAGUUAAUCACAGCUUUUAUUCUUUCAGUAGUCUAGUACUGUGCAAUUUUUCAAAGAAAUAAAAGAACUAAUACAAUUCAUAA